UUUACAACAUAAGGAUAUAAAAGAUUCGCAAUUUAAAUUUUGAAGGACAAAACACUUAAAAGUUACAUAGUGUAUGAUGUAAUAAUUAAUAAAAUUAUUUAAUAUGUUAUUAAUUUAACUCUAAAAAUUUAAAAAUUAAUUUUUACGUGAAAAUUGAUUUUAAAAUGUUUUCAAAUAUCUUUACAAUUAGACAUUUUCAACAGAGCUGUAAAGUUUUGAUAGUUGGAGGUGGAUCAGGAGGAUGUACAAUGGCAGCAAAAUUAGCUAAAUAUGGUCAUAAUGUAAUAGUUUUAGAACCAAAUGAUAUGCAUUAUUACCAACCAUUAUUUACAUUGAUUGGUGGAGGUAUGAAAACACUUGCACAAGCUUGUCGACCAACAAAAGCUGUACUUCCAAAAAGAACUAUAUGGAUACAAGACAAAGUAUUAAACUUUCAUCCAGAAUGUAAUAAAGUAACAACAUUUAGAGGUGACACAAUUAACUAUGAUUUUAUGUUAGUAGCAAUUGGUCUACAAUUAAAGUAUGACAAAAUAUUAGGUUUAAAAGAGGGACUUAAAGAUAAAAAUAGUGGUAUAUGUACUAAUUAUUCAUCUGAAUAUGUUGAAAAAACAUAUAAAGUUAUACAAAAUUUCAAUGAAGGGAAUGCAAUAUUUACAUUUCCUAAUACCCCUGUGAAAUGUCCAGGAGCUCCUCAAAAAAUUGUUUAUAUAUUUGAAGAUUUUCUACAAAAAAAAGGUAUUAGAGAUAAAGCAAAUGUAAUAUAUAAAACAUCAACACCAGCGAUUUUUGGUGUUAAAAAAUAUGCUAAUCGGCUAGAAUAUAUUUGUGAAACAAGAAAUAUAAUUGUUGAUUUACGACAAAAUUUAAUUAAAAUUGAUUCAAAAAAGAAAGAGGCUACAUUUGAAUUGCUAGAUCAGCAGAAUAAAACAAUUACAACAGAAUAUUCUUUACUACAUGUUACGCCUCCUAUGGCUCCUCCGGAUGUAUUGAUAAAAUCAAUACUUGGUAAUGAAAAUGGAUACUUAGAUGUUGAUCCAUAUACAUUGCGCCAUAAAGUCUACAAUAAUAUAUUUGGUAUAGGGGACUGUACAAGUUGUCCAACUUCUAAAACACUGGCAGCUGUAGCUGCACAAAGUAAAAUUGUUUUAAAGAAUAUGAUUAAUACUAUGAAUGGUAAAGAGUUAAUUGAUAAAUAUGAUGGUUACACAUCAUGUCCUUUGAUAACUGGAUACAACAAAUGUAUUUUAGCAGAAUUUAAUUACAAGCUUGAACCAUUAGAAACAUUUCCUAUUGAUCAAGGGAAUGAGUUAAGAAGUAUGUUUAAAAUGAAAAAUAAUAUAUUACCAUUUGUUUACUGGAAUUUAAUGGUUAACGGUUAUUGGAAUGGUCCUAAAUCAAUAAGAAAAAUAUUACACUUAGGAUUAGAAAAAAAGAUUUAAUAUUUUUAUCAUAUAAAAUAUGUAACUAUGAACUACACCAUUUGCCCAAACUCUCAACCCUUCAAAUAAUUUACAAUAUCAAAUUUAUAGAACUUAUGAACAAUUACCAAUACUGGAACGGACUAUACAUGGGUACAUCUAAGAUGGAAGAAGGAGUAGGAUUGUCUAUAGUACUUGAAAACUCCUAUAAGUUACCAAAACAUAGAAUAAUAAAACAGCAUAGAUAAUCCAUUUAACUUAAACUUUCUGGCUAAUUUAAUACAAAACACAGUGCACUCGAUAUACCAUAAAGGUAUAUCUGUAAAAAUGAUAUGGGUCUCAGGACACUCAUUAAUCCAAGGAAAUAAAAAGGCAA